GCCCAGAGUAAUUAGAUUCGCGUCUGAGCUACCGAAACCCGUGUUGCCCGGUGACGCAUUCACACGCGUCCAUAGGGCGUUACACGCGUCGAGUUAACUGAACGUGCGAAGGGGCGACUUACACUGAUCACAACCGAAGUUUUCACAAGGUUCGGGAUCAGCUCCAGAAGGCCCCUGAGUGAAAAGUAAUGUCCUGCUUGGUUAAAAAAAAUAACGUCUGCUCUCCAGAAGCAACUGUGUCAUCUCUUCUAGCAAGUGGUAGCCUUCAGAGUGGCCAUGACUCCUUGAAUAUCCACAGUCCAGUCCAAUACAAGGACAAGUUGUAUAGUUCGGCCACUCAAGCUUUAGAGGCCUAUAUUGAAGAUUUCAAUCUCAGUCUUUCAUCACCAGACAUCAGACCUGGAAAAAUUGGCAUUCCUCAGAAGGCUCCUAAGAACUCCAAGUCCUCAAGGGACAGUUUUAAGCCCAAGUGCGAGAACGUUAAGUGGCGUACACAUCUUGGAAGAAUUGCUUAUGAGCCAGAUAUAGUCAGCCUGACUACAGAUGACCUUUUAGCAUUCCCUGCAGAUGGAUCUGUAUCUUUCAAGAUUUCUAGGCCACUAACUCAGAGAGGCCAUGUGAACAGGAGGUCAUGGACAGCACCUGCUUCUCGUUCUCAUCACUGGACUUCGUCCUUCAGCAAUAAAGAAAAAAAAGAUUCUCUGGAAAAUUUCUUGUUUCCUUCUUCAUACCAAGAAGCUAGCAGAAAAAAAUGUGCACAGCAUAAAUUUCACAAACAUGAUCCUGUGUUGCCUGGGAAUGACCAGGUCGCCCACAAAGAGACCAUUUUUCAUAAGAACUAUCCAAGAUGGUUGACAAGUCAUAAAACGGACUUGAGCAUCUCAGAGAUAAAUAGUAUCCCUGAAUCCAAAUAUCCUGUCUGGCUGAAGAACCAUAAUCUCUUGUUGGAUUCAAGUAAUGAAAAUUCCACACAGACCUCACAUGUGGAAAGUGAACUUCUGUCUUUGCAAGAUAAUAAGGAGCUGAUGAAGUUUCAAAAUCUUAACAGAUUAAGCAUCUCUGAGUGCUCAAGACAUAACAAUGCGGUGAGCCCAAAGCACAAGUGUGAUAUUCAAACAAAUUGCCAAAAUGAUUCUCCAGGUACCUAUUUUCUACUUCAAGGCCUAAGAGAGCACAAGGAUCCACUUAGAGAUGAGACAGAGUUUCUAAUUCAGAAAGCAAGGAGAGCAUUGGAAUCUUCUGCUGAGGAAUCAACUCGUCUCCUGAAAAACGAUGGCAGCCCUUGUACAGUGGAUGUCCUAGAAGCGGAAAGGUCGUGGGAUAAUGUCCCAGUUGGCUUAAAACCACCCAUACCUGUAUCCUGUGGGGAGGAGAAUUCUCCAUCAAACCCCAAAGCCAUCAUGGUCAAUAGCUUUUUAGACGACUGUUUGCAGAAUGGACAACAGGAGAGUACGUUUUCUGGUGGAAAUCAUCAUGGUCCUGUGGAAGCUUUGAAACUCAUGCUAUUUAACCUUCAAGCAGUUCAGCACAGCUUUAACAAAAACAGAUCUGAUAGACCAAAUGAAGAGUCCAAAAAAGUUUCAAGUGAAGAUGAGGAUUUCAAGUUGAACGAUUGUGAUAUGAUCCCUGUUGCCAGAUCUCUCCAGAGAGCUUUGCAUCAUUUAUCUCGACUUAAAGGAUUGGUUGAAGAUACAAGUGGCAAAGAAGACUGAAAAGAAUUGCUGAGGACAUGAAGCAUUGCUUAUAAAUCUGUCUACAGAAUAAAUACAAUGUAAAACAGCAAUUAAAUGCAGGGGCAAGUACUAAGACAGUCAUGAACUCUGGACAGAGCUACAGCUUUUUUUACAAGUCCUGUAUUUCUGUAAAGCUACAUGCAUCUCAUUUGAGUCUCCAGAGGCAUGUUAUCUUUUAUGAAAAUUUGCCAGGGCCCAAAGAAACAUGAAGACUAUAGAAAGGGGUUGCCCUGCUUUGAGGCUUUCCUUCCUUAACAGCUCUGUUCUUCCCAGCUGGAUAGAAAUAGUGGGAGCAUCAUAGGCAGCUGCUAAAGAAAAGAGCAAGUCUUUAAGCUCCAAAAAUUAAUUUUACAUUUUUUUUUAAUAUUCCUGACCAUAGAGGCCAGAAUACAGAUGAUGAUUAUUACUUCAGAAGCAAUAUUGUUGAAAAUAAUCCUGUAUGAAGUGAUACAGAUAAUCCAGAUCACAAAAUGAAGUGUUAAGGCAACAUUAUUGCAGAAAUGAGUUCUUGUGAGUCACUGUAACACGACCACAUAGAUAUAACUUACUGUUAAAUACAUGACUGGUCUGUCGAAAUUAGAAAUAGUUAUGUCUCCAAAGAUAUGAGGACUCUGUUCCUCAUAUUUCUUACUCCUUUUGCCCUAAUCGCCAGCAUUGUAAAACUGGAUUUCAGCAUAACAAAUAUAUUGGAUAUAUGCAGAAUGACAUCACAAUUCUCUGGAAAACCAUCAAAGUCAAGCUAUGUUGUAUAGUGGUUACUGCUGAACUCUAUACUAGUUUUGGAUCUCUACAUUGGGAUCCACUAUUAUUUAUCCAGACACUUGUGUUUGAGAAGGAAGACAAUUAAAAAACACAGAAGGCAUAUACAUUUGUUUUUUACUCUAAACAAAUGUAUAUUUGGUUCUAGUCAAUCCAAUUCAAAUUGUCUGAUUCAGAUUUUCAAAACAAUUUGACCUCUGAAUUAGAUCAUCACUGAGUCAAUCUCAUUGGAAAACUGAUUCAGUUGGAGGGGGGGAAAGCCCUUUUUAUACAUGUGCAGAAGACCAUCAGAUAAUUGGAUCAAUUUGGGGGACAUUGAUUCAGGUUAAUGAUUCAGUAGGAGUCGAUCCAAUUUGAAAGUCAAUUUAGUUCAGAGGUUUGAUUGAAUUUCCUUCAAACUGCAACUUCAAAGCAACCCUUUGUGCAGCCAUAAUCCACCUGAAAUGAGCUGUAAAUUCUUAAGGUUCAAUAUCAACCAAGAUUGGCUAAGUGCUUCUGUCUGCUGUAAUUUAUUCAAUAAACCAUGUUUGAACAAA